GUCUUCCUUGGCCCCUGUCACGUGGGAAGGGCCCGUCAGGGAGCGGAAGCGGCGCUCGGACGCGAUUAAAAUGGCGGCGUCGUGAAGUUGCAUGUUGUUGUGGGGGACCCCCAGCUGAGUCCGUUGGGAGGAACCGCCAGUUGCCGCCGCCGCCGCCGCCGCCGCCCUCUCCCCUGCCUCCCUCCUUCCCGCCCGCCAUGGCGGUGACCGUCACCCUGAAGACCCUCCAGCAGCAGACCUUCAAGAUCCGCAUGGAGCCUGACGAGACGGUGAGGGGCGGCGGGUCGUCCUCCUCCUCCUCCCCUUCCCCACCCCCCUCUCCUUCCCCCGGCCUCUUCAGCGCCCCCAACCCUCUUGCGCCAGGAGCCCCCUUUCGCCUUGCAGGUUAAGCGGGCGGUACUUCUCGCCUCUCGCUUUCCAGAUCCCCCUCUCUCGUUCGUAGGAGAUUCCUCGCGAGGUGGGAAGGGAAAGGGAAGCAGUCCACCCCCGGGUCGCCUUACAGAGGCGAUCCUCCAACUUCUCCCGAUCUAGAAGUUAGUCCUUAAAGAACAGCGUCGUUUGUUUUGCCACAAAGCUCACACAGGAAAAGCUGUCAAGUAGGGGUUUCUCGAAGGCGCACGGUCUCUCUCAAUACACACGUGUAGCCACAGUCCUUGAUCCUUACUGGCGUAAGGAUCUGUUCGCUGCUGGGCACGUAACACACGCGCGCGCGCGCCCCGGGCGCCUUCCUUCCAGUCGUGCUUUAUUCUUAAUUCCACAUACACAUCCUGUUACAUCACAUAGUUACACCAACAUCUAUAAAGGGGCUGCUCCCAUUUCCACCCCCUCCUCCCUACGCUAGCUUUCCCAGCACGUGCUUAAAUUCAAAAUCAAAUGCAGAUUGGUGAUUUCCGAAUUAGUAUCUCCUAUUCUGGGUGCCUUGCCUUGUAUUUGUAGUCCUGAACCCCCCCCCCCCCCAAAUCAAGAACAUAAUAAGAGUUUGCUGGGCCAGGCCAAAUACACAUGUGGUCCCAUAUUCUGUUCUCACAGAGGCUGUGGCAAGCAGAACAUGAGUGCAACCUACUGGCUUACAUUUUGGUUAUUUUGGCAUCAUUUUGUUUUCAUAGUUGUUACUUCCAGCAUAUGGCCUCUGAUCCUGAAGGUAGAGCACAGCCACCAUGACUAGAAGCCAUUGAUCAUCAUAUUCUCUAUCAAUGCCUAAUCCUCUUUUAAAACCAUCCAGGUUGCUAGCCAUUGCUACCUCUUGCGGGAUCAAAUUCUAUAGCUUAACUCUGUGCCAUGUGAAGAAGUGCUUUCGCUUGUCUGUCCUGAGCCUUCCAAUUUUCUGCUUCAAUGGACGGUCCCAAGUUCUGUUCUUAAGAGGAAGGAAGAACCAGAACUGCACCCAGUAUUCCAAGUGUGGUUGCACCAUAGAUUUGUAUAAAGAUAUUACGAUACUAGCAGUUUUAUUUUCAAUCCCUUUCCUAGUGAUCUCUAGCAUGGCAUUCACCUUUUUCACAGCUGCUGCACUCUUAGUCAAUAUAUUUAUCAAGCUAUCCAUCUUGUUCCUGGUCAGUUGCUUCUAGUUAAGACCCCAUAAAUGUAUGUGUGAAACUAAGAUUUUUAUAUUUUUUUGCCCAUCCUGAAAAAAAUGGCGUCAUCAACAAACUUGAUUACUUCAUUGCUCCUUGAUAAUUUGUGAACAAGUUAAAUGACACAGGUCCCAAUACUUUGGAGGAUUCCACUUUGUACCAUCCCUCCCAUUGGGAGAACUGUCCAUUUAUUCCUGCUAUCUGCUUCCUGCUUUUUAACCAAUUACUGAUCCACAAGAGCACCUCUCUUAUUCCAUGACUGCUAACCUUGCUUGGGAGUCUUUGAUAAGGUAUUUUAUGUACUUUUUCAAAAGCUUUUUAAAAAGUAUUUGUUAACUGGGUUACUUCUAUCUAUAUUAAGGUUACCAGAUUUUUUUCAAUGAAUCUGGGGACACUUUUCAACUUCCUACUAAAUAGAUGGAUUUUGUCAGGGGACUGAUUUGUAACUCCAGGGACUGUCCCUGGGAAAUGGAGACAUCUGGUAACCUUAAUCUAUAUGCUUAUUUCUCAAAGAAAUUGAAAAUGUUAGUAAGAAAGGACUUACCUUUACAGAAGCCAUGCUGGUUCUGCUUUAGUAAGACUUGUUCUUCUGAAUGCUUGGUAAUUCUAUCUUUAACAAUGCUUUCAACCAGUUUCUGGAAGAGAUGCUAAGCUAAUCAGUCUGUGGUUUCCAGGAUUACCCCUGCCCCCAGUCCCCCCUCCCUCCCUGUGAAAUGGCACUACAUUGAUCAUUUUCCAGUGUCCAGGUAUGGAGGCAGGUAUCUUAGGAACAAGUUACAUCUUUUUGUUGGAAGUUUAGUAUUUUCACAUUUGAGUUUCUUCAGAACUCUUGGCUGGAUGCCAUCCAGACCCAGCAAUUGUCAAAUUUUAUUUUUCAAUAAGGGCCUAUAAGAACUUUGUAUCUUUUCACCUCUAAUUGCCUCAGUUUGGCAGGUUCCCUUCUAAAAGUUAGUUCAGGUACAGGGGUCUCCCAUAUAUCUUCUACUGUGCAGGCAGAUAUGUACAAAGAAUUCAUUUAGCUUCUCUGCAAUCUCCUUUUUCUCCUUCAGCAUACCUUGACUUCUUUGUCAUUCAAAGGUCCAACUAACUGCCUCCCUAGCCAGUCUCCUGCUUUCAAUGUAUUUAAAUAAUUGUUUGUGGUUAGUCUUUAUGUUUUCAGCAAGAUGCUCUUCAGAUUCUUUUUUAGCAUCCCUUAUUGUUCGGUUGCAUUUCUUUUGCCAAAGUUUGUGUUCUGUUUUCUUCUCAUUUGGACAAGAUUUCCAUUUUCUAAAGGAAGCCGCCUUGCCUUUGAUAGCUUCUUUAACUCUGCUUGUUAUUCAUGCUGGGAUUCUCUUGGCCCUGGUGGUACCUUUUUGAUUUGCUAUUUACAUUUAAACGGAGCUUCUAGUUUGGUUUUAAACAACCCCUGAACAUUUUGAGAGAUGUGACCCUAUUGACUUUGCCUUUAAACUUCAUUUUUACCAAUUCCUUCAUUUUUGGGACAUUCCCUCUAUUGAAGUCAAAUGUGACUUUUGGGUUUUCUUGGCAAUUGUCUGUAUAUAAAUUGAAUUUGAUAACACUAUAGUAACUAUUCCCAAUUGGUGCAACGGUACCCACAUCUCUCAGCAGGUCAUCGGCACCACUCAAGAUUAGGUCCACGGUUGCCACUCUUCUGAUCAGUUCCAUGACCAGCUGUCCUAGGGCACAGUCUAUCAUAUUUACUGUUGUUUUGGUAGCUUUUUUCCCACCACCGAUGUCUAUCUUUCCUCAGUUUUUGUUUUUAAAUCAGUGUUUUAUGUAUUUUAUUACCCAUGUUAUUUAUAGGUAGAUUUCUGCCUCCUCUGCUUCAACAUUAUACUGAUUCAUCUGGUUUUUUUUGAAUGAAGUGAGUCUGAAUAUGAAUCCAGAUAUUAAAAGUGACAUAAAUCUGGAGUAAUCACCUUGAUUCCUCCCUUGUCAUAUAAUCCUGGCAGAACACAUAUGAGGAGUGGUAACUGCUAAGAAUUCAUUAUUAUUUUUCAGUCUCUGCCUAUUGUGGGUCAAGAGGCAUGCCUCUUUCGCAACUUGCUUUUAACUUCAGUGGAACGAAGUAAAUCCUUUCAAACACCAGUACCUACAUAUGAAUAAGCCCUGAACUUAACCAGUUUGCUAGCUUUUAUCAUGUUCUGAUUUGAUUCAAGUUCCAAAACAGUUUUAGUAAGGAUUCUCAAACAUGACCUUUUGAAAGGAAAAAAAAUUAAAAAUUUGUCACAAGCUGCAUUAUCCCUUUCGUGCGAGGUAUAUGUUGCAUCCUGCUGGACUGAGUUCUUUUUAUCAAAAUUUAACUGUACGGCCAGGGUAGGACCAUUCAUCCAUCAUCUCACCCUGCACAGAAGUAUAGAAGUAAAACAGCUUUGGGAUUUAUUCAAGAGAGACAGCCACACAGUGCAGAAGACAACGGCCUCCCUAUGCAAUCUCAUCUUGCAAAAUUCCUUUUUAACCUAAACCAUGGUGCAACUGCUGACUGUUCACAAAGGUGAAAGCUUUUCUGUGCCCUAUCAAGGAAGUUUUUUUUGUUUAAAUCAAAGACCUCCUUUCAUUUUUUGAACCUUCUGUUUUUGGAUGAUGAUUGUUUAUUAUUAUUCUUUUAUUUCAUAAAAUUUAUACAGUGCUUGAUUGUAAAAAAACAAAACAAAAACAAUCUCAAAGCAGCUUACAAAAAGAUAAGCAAGAAAAUCAAGAAAAACCCAUGACCAUAUUUAAAACAUACGAAAGUUAAAAUACUAAAAUUACCUCUAAGCAUUAGGUAGGUUUUUUGAAACAAGAAUGUUUUUAACAGGCGCUGAAAACUGUACAAUGAAAGUGCCAGCUUGAUCUCAAUAGGCAGGGAGUUACAAAGAUUGGGUGCUGCCCCAUGAAACAAUUGAGUUCUUAUAAAUGUAGUUGUCAGGGAUUGGACUGAAUGGUGCCCCCCCUUCUCCUGAACCUUCCCGAGAACAGGAGGACAGUAUAGAUCAGGCAUAUCCCUAGCUAACAGGACCAGUGGUCAGGGAUGAUGGGAGUUGUAGUCCCAAAACAUCUGGAGGGCCGAGUUUGCCUGUGUCUGGUGUAGAUUUAGAACAGUGGUUUGCAGAGGGGCAUAGUUCAGAGGCUGCAGAGGGCAGAAGCUGGGAAAUAUUGGAAGAGAAACAGCAGGAAGAAGAAAAAGCACCAGGGAAGAGACAGCUGACAGACUCAGUGUCUUUAGAAAGCAUUCCUGACCAACCCCCUCCCAGAACCAGGCAUGCCUUGAGAGUAGUAGAACAGAGAGCUCAGAGGCAGAAAACUUAGAUUAGCCGGCGCAUGGGUGACGUAGAAUAGGGCCGACGUAGGGGGGUGGGACUUUACCUGAAGCAACACCAUUGAUAGAUAGGGACUACAUUCCUUUGUCUCACUCUGUAAAUCCUGAAUAAAUUACAUGGUAAGGACUCUUCUUGUCAGCUGCUUUUUUUGCUGCCACCAGGGAAGGGAAAGGAUUCCCUGAACCUUGACAGUAGUACAGAAUGUGGUGUUUAUAUGCUGCCAAGUACCAUAUAAUCAUAAAAUCCUACGGAGGUGUGGAGCUGUACUGUGUUUGUGGGAAUGGAGAGCAGUCCCAGAAGCUGGAAAGAUUGCCUAUUAAUGGUACUGGGGGGGGGGGGGGGAUAGUUUUUUUGAACUGGUGAAAGUACCAUGAAGUGUGUGUCCACUCUUGCUUUUGGUAUUUAUAGAUAGCAGGGCAACAGGUUUGGCUUUCCUAAAAGCUUUUAGAAGCAAGGGACUUUCUGAACCCAUCUCUCCUCAUUGGGAGUAAAGACAGUACUCAAAAGAGCAUUAGAUACGGAACAGAGCUCACUGUGCUGGAAGAAUGUGGCUUAUGGGCCAAUUCAAAUAUCUCUACAGCCACGCUUCUUGGGGUGGAAAAAGUUUGACUUUUAGGCGUUCAGUACAAGACAGAUGGUGGAACCAGUUUGGUCUUGACCCACAGGUCCGAGUUCUUAAGGAGAAGAUUGAGGCUGAAAAGGGCAAGGAAGCGUUCCCAGUGUCGGGACAGAAGCUUAUCUAUGCUGGCAAGAUCCUGAGUGAUGAUGUCCCUAUCAAGGAGUACAAGAUUGAUGAGAAGAACUUUGUGGUGGUGAUGGUCACCAAGGUAUGGUUGGGCAGCUCCAUUGCUUCAUGGGAAUAGAAGACUGAUUCUGCUUCAGUAGCUUCCCCUCCCCUCCCCGCCUUGCUGUGGUUCAAAGGAUGGUGUGCUAGGAAGCAGAUUUGGUGCAUGUUUCUGACAGUGCAAGCUUCAGCCUUGGGGUGUGGGCGCAUCCAAGAAAGGUGAUUACAGGGCAUUGAAAAUUCCAGGAGUCGCUUCUCUUGGUUUCUCAGAAUUAACUUGAAGGUCAAUCCCCUUUGCUUUUCUCUGUGGGAUAGAAAUGCAUUGUAUCUGCUUCUAAGUCUCAUUUUGAAUUUCUGUUCAGAACAAAACAGGCUCAGGAGCUCCUGUCCCCUCACCAAGUGAGGCAGCGCCCCCAUCAGAGCCUACACCAUCCUCUGGACAGACGCUGCUGCCUGGAGCAGCUACUGUUUCGCCCCCACUAGGAACUCCAACAAGUGAGGAGAAGCCUCCUGAAGAGACAGUGACUGUUUCCCCCCAGGAAUCAGUUGGGUAAGUUUGGCUUGCCCUGCCACCCUCCGCACUCUCAUUUGUUUUGUAGGUGACGCUGGAAUGAUAUAAUGGAGGGAGAAAUUCUAGGCCUUGGAAAUCAUGAUUGGUUCUGAAAAUCCACCAAUGUUUGGAGUACAGUGGUACCUCGCAAGACGAAUGCCUCGCAAGACGGAAAACUCGCUAGACGAAAGGGUUUUUGGUUUUUUUAGUUGCUUCGCAAGACGAUUUUCCCUAUGGGCUUGCUUCGCAAGACGGAAACGUCUUGCAAGUUUGUUUCCUUUUUCUUAAAACCGUUAAUAUAGUUGCGACUUGACUUUGAGGAGCAACUCAUAGCACGCGGUGUGGUAGCCUUUUUUGAGGUUUUUGAGGACUUUGGUGAUUUUUGAAGCUUUUCCAAAGCUUUUCCGACACCGUGCUUCGCAAGACGAAAAAACCGCAAGACGAAAAAACUUGCGGAAUGAAUUAAUUUCGUCUUGCGAGGCACCACUGUAAACUGAUUGGGGGAUAACUUCUAGAGCAGAUGCUAAAGGGACACAGAAUUAGCCUACCAUCACUUGGACCAGCCGGUUGUGGUCUUGUGUUUGUUUAGCUGUUAGAUUUUAUUGCCUCUAUGUUUGAGGACUUUAACGUGGAGAUUUGAGUGGAGAUUUGAGUGGGUUUGAAAGUGGGUUGCAAACCACACAGCCUAGGUGCCUCAAAUGAGAUUGGAGUCUUGGAGAGGAAGAGGGAGGUGAAGGCCUGUGAUGUCAGAAUGCAGCUUGGGUUGCUAACUGGUGUUAUUAGACGGCUAUAAAAAGGAUGCAGGAUUGGGGCAGGAAACAAGAAGGUACAUAAGAGCAUGUGUUUUGGGGGUGAGCAGCCCUCCUCUCCUGGCCUCUGUUGCUUCAUAGCUUCGUACCACCAGUUUUAGCACCACUACCCACUCUCAGAACAGUACCCCUGAAAUGUGGUGAUUGUAGUUGCACUCCAGGCCUCGGUGGUGGUAAGAAUCGUUAGGCUAAGCAGUUGCUUGCUGUUUGUCAGCCAUGGGGGUAGGAGAGAGAUUGUAUGACUGAAGGGGAAACCAGCUGUUCUGUUGCUUAGUUUAUAUUUGGCUUUUCAGUUUUCUUGGCCAGUUAUCUGAAAGGACCCAGCUACUAUUUCUCUCUCUUAAAUUUGCAGCUCUGUUCCCUCUUCAGGUAGCAUGGGACGUGAAGAUGAUGCAGCUUCCACUUUAGGUAGGUGAGCGCCUUUCCUUCGCUUGCCACGGGGGAGAGCUCUCAGCUCCUUGGCUGCAGUUUGCUCUUAUAAGAUUGGGACCACUCUCUCCCUAUUCCGCUGUUUUGACUGGUAAAUUUCUAUGGUCUUCAGAUCCAUAGUUGAUGGACUUCUAAAUACAAUACAGCACGGGAUAACUUAGGAAGUGCUGCCCUCUAAUGGUCUCUAGUGGUUAAAACACUUCUCCUUCCACCACUGUUUCAUGGGGAUCCGGCAUGCAAGCGUCAGCUGGGAGCCAUGAGUGGGUUGCAACUGAGACUGCACCAUCAUUUUUGCUCUAGGCUUCUUUAGGUGGGUAGGGUGUGGGGAGAGAAGGCAGCAAAAGAAAACCAUACAUAGUAAAAAAAUUAAAGUGGGUCUCAUGUUGCAGGUUAGGGUUAAAGAUGGAUCCUGGGUCUGAAAGUUGAACACUGCUUGUGGGAACAGUUCGGCAGAUUUCACCCCCAAAUUCUGUCAUCAGCCACUGAUACCUGUAUUCUUUCCAUCAAGGUUACGGCAUAGUGGGCACCUGCUUGCCCUUUUGUGCCCGUGUUAUAUAAGGAGCAGCAUCUAGCACUUGAGCUAUGGCCAUGGAAACUGGAAAUUCUGGAUUCCAUCCCCAUUUCUGGAAGCAGUCUAGUAGUUAAAACCUGGAAUCCUGAUGCUGCCUCCAGUUCUGUAAGGGGAAUGAGAUUUAGUAGCGAAACUCAGCGGGCUUUCGAGAGGGUGGUCUCUCUUGGUGGAAAGAGGCUUGAGAUCUUAAUUCUGUUUUCAGCCAUUAGAGGGACUUUGAAGAUCUGGGAAUAGAAACUGGAUUUGAAGCUUUGGCACUUACUGGUGUUCAAAGCCCCAAAGGUACAAGGCUUCCUGGUUCUGCAGACAUUGUAAUGAGGAUGCUGGCAAUGGCAAAGUGACCUGUUGCCUUCCAGUCCAGCUGCCCAUCUUGCUCCCCUUCCCAUAUGCAAGGGUCAGGUGGAAAUAGUUGCGCAUUUUCUUCCCCUAACGUCAAACUGUCUUCCAUUUCCGCUUCCAGUUACUGGCUCAGAGUAUGAGACAAUGCUGAAUGAAAUCAUGUCAAUGGGCUAUGAGCGAGAGCGGGUGGCGGCAGCCCUACGGGCCAGCUACAACAACCCUCACCGGGCUGUGGAAUACCUGCUAACGGUAAGGAGAAAUGCUGAGUUAGUCCUACCCCAUCAAUAUAUUUUGGGCUUUCCUCCUGUUCUACAAGGGAUAUUCCUCGCUUCCUUUCCCUUCCACUUCACUGGUGUGCUAUAAUCAUUUUCUGCUCACUGCCGCCGCAACUCUGUUGCUAGCCUGGGUUGCUUGAAAGAGGCAGCGCACCAUGCUUUCUGAACCAUCUCAGACAGGUCCUCUAGAAGGAUGACGCCAUACUGGUUUCUCAGCUCUGUGCAUCUUGCUUGCUCUGUUGUCUCCCCUGCUUAGUAUAGCACAGAGGAAGACCACGGAUGCCAACCAGGGAGCUUGCUUUAUCUAAACAGUUGUGAGGUUAGUUGGACACUUUGCAAAGGGCUGUGGGCUGAAUCCUUGCACUCCUACAUUAAACUAAAUUUGGAAGCCAGAAAAAAAUCCCGUCAGAAUGAACAUUUUGUCAAUGUAACCAAACAUCCUUAGUCACAUAAUACGGGAAAAUAAAAUUGAAACUGAAGAGAUGUGAGCAGGCAAUAGACACGACUGGACUUGGGCAAGGAAAUCUGGAGAGGAGAAAUGUUCCCCCCUGUCACUGGAAGUCUUGCCCCAACAGAAACUGCCUUCAUAGUUUGUUUUGCCUUGAACAGUUCCCAUACACCAUCAGUCUUUGAGUGUAGCCAUUAGUGUGCUGUGGAUGUAAUCUUGAAAAGUGUAUGAUCUGGAAGAAGUUCCGUUAACUUUGCUUUCUCUAACUUUGCAGGGUAUCCCAGGUAGCCCAGAACCAGAGAGAGCCUCCAUCCAGGAGAGCCAGCCUCAAGAGCAGUCGGCACCAGAAGGUGUGUGUCCCGCCUUUCAUAUAAAGAGUUUACCGGAGCGGUGGACUAUGGGGAGUUGUGCCUAACUAGGCUGCAGUGCAUUGGCUAGUGGCAUGUUGGGAGAGUGCUGCCCCUUGAUGGCUUCAUACGCACUCCUCUCUCUAUGCACAUGCCCAGCCCCUCCCCCACUUGCUGCUGUUCUGCUUGCAUGCAUGGCUUUAACACUCAUUGCAUCUACAGGAGAGAACCCUCUGGAAUUUCUGCGAGACCAGCCCCAGUUCCAGAACAUGCGUCAGGUGAUCCAGCAGAACCCAGCUCUGCUCCCAGCCCUGCUCCAGCAGUUAGGCCAGGAGAACCCUCAGCUGCUGCAGGUAACUGAGUGGACGGGCUUUGUUUGUUGUCUCAGUCAGUUGGGGAUAGCCUUGGAGCAACCAGAUGGGUCAAAGUUACACUGGUCUGAGAUCCGCUGGUGCCAGCAUGGGUAGCAUCUCUCGGGCUGUUGUUUGGUAUUUCAGCAGAAAAAGCAGGCACAACAGAGCCAAGUGGGUAUGCUAACCUGGCUAGGCAGCACCAUUUGUGCUGUUGUAUGCAUUGUUUGCGUGUCAUUGACCUGUACAGCCAGAUCCUGCUUCUCAGAUGAGUGUUUGCUUCCCUGGGGUUCCUACUUUAAAUGUUGCUGCCAACCCUCAUGGCUCAGUUUCCUCCCAGUUCUCCUGAUUUGCCUACCCUAGGCUUUGGGUUAGGGCAUGGGUAGGCAAACUAAGGCCCAGGGCCCAAUCACCUUCUAGAUUCUGGCCCACGAAUGGUCUGGGAAUCAGCGUGUUUUUACAUGAGUAGAAUGUGUCCUUUUACUUAAAAUGCAUCUCUGGGUUAUUUGUAGGGCAUAGGAAUUCGUUCAUUCCCCCCCCCCCCAAAAAAAAAUAUAGUCCGGCCCCCCACAAGGUCUGAGGGACAGUGGACCAGCCCCCUGCUGAAAACGUUUGCUGACCCCUGGGUUAGGGUGAUCACUGCUGGCUCAGUCAUCUUCCUUUGCUUUGCCUUAAUUAUAUAUGGGCAAGCUUUAACAGUGGAUGCCGUGUUUGUUGGCACUAGAGGAGGAGGAUUAUGAAUACAACAUACUUGAAAAUUCAGUGGCAUAAGAAUGAGGACUUCAGCGUAGGAGAAAAGGACGGCAGGUCAGGUCUCCUCUCUUCCCCUCGAAUUGGAGGGUCUCCUGUGAGGGUUUGGUGUCCUUUGGAGGUGCUUGUGUGAGGUUUGCUGUCCCAGGGGCCCCGAGGGGUCGCAGGGUGUAGGCAUGUGUUAAUUGAUAACAGCAAGUUCUUCUCUUCCUCCUCCUCCAGCAAAUCAGCCAACACCAGGAGCAGUUCAUUCAGAUGCUCAAUGAACCACUGGGUGAAGUACCUGACAUCGCAGACAUUGAAGGAGAGAUGGGUGCUAUUGGGGAGGAAGCCCCUCAGAUGAAUUACAUCCAAGUCACGCCUCAGGAAAAAGAAGCCAUAGAAAGGGUAAAAGAGGGGAGCAGUGGCCUGGGGCAGGGACAAGAAGGGAAGUCCCUUGCUCUCUGUACUGGAGCUUCUCCCUGUAGGAUUUGCUCCCUCAUGAGAUACAGAACAGUUAAGCGGCCAGGGUGGUGGUCUCUACGUCUUGCGCUAGUUCCUGUAGGCUACAGAGACAUCUUGGUGGGUACAGUGGAAAGGGUGGGACUUUCAUGUUAUUGCCUAGUAUUACAAGUCACUCCCCAUCACCUUGCUGUGUGGACUAGAGCUAGGCUGGCUGACCUGUGGACCUCCAGAUAAUGUUGGAUUCCAGCUCCCACCAGCCACCUCCAGCAUGGCCACUGGGCAGCGAUGCUGGAAACUACUCCCUCAGGGCUCACAGGUUAGUCAGCCCCGCAAUAGAGUCUGAGGGCAGCACAGGAGCUUUAUUUAGGGCAGGAAGUGCAAGCAGCCUUGCAAUAAGCUGAUUGGCAUGUGAGCUCUGAACAUGGGGUUUUGCUUCAUUCGCUUUUGUCUUUCUCUAAGGCUAUAGAACCAUGGUUACGCAUAAGCCAGUUCUGCACCAAACAAGCAAGUUUUCCGUACUGAAAUAUUUGUUGAUUCUAAAAAAGCCCCAAACAUUUCUAAACUGCUUAAUAUGUUAAAAUCUUUAAGUGGUGUACAAACAAAUAAACAAUAAAACAGUAUCACGAAAGCAGAGAGAAAAACAAGAACCUGUAAAGCUGUAUUAUAAAAACAAGAGUUCAGUAAUAGCAAGGUCCAGUCUUAAGGGCCAGGGAAAGCCUGAGCAAAUAUAUAUAUCUUAUGUGUGAGGCAACUGAAGAGGAAGGGCAUACCACAGAAUGGGAGCAUAUGAACCUGCCUGGACCCUGAGAUCAUCUGAGGCCCUUCUUCGUGUGCCUCCUCCAUGAAAGGUCCGGAGGGUGACAACACAAGAACAAGCCUUUUUUGCAGCCGAACUGAUAAUUACGCUAACCCUACUAAUGAUGUCUGCCUACUCCGCUCCUGUGGUGAACCAUUCUGUAGAGUGCCAUGGUCCUUAUUUUGGUACUUGCCUUGCCCAGACCUGACCCAACACAGGAUAAGCAUGUUGGGAUCUCCCAUAAGGGGGUCUGUGUAUCAUCAUCAUCAUCAUCAUCAUCAUUGGCAGCAGUUGGCUCCUUACAGGAAAGGUGAGAUUGUAGGACGCACAGUGUUGCCAAUCAGAGCGUUUCUAACUUUUUUCCUUCCUUUCCUCUUUCUCUCUCUCUCUCUCUCUCUCUCCCUUCCCCACCCUUAGUUAAAGGCCUUGGGCUUCCCUGAGAGCCUGGUGAUCCAGGCCUACUUUGCUUGUGAGAAGAAUGAGAAUCUGGCGGCCAACUUCCUGCUGAGUCAGAACUUUGAUGACGAGUGAUAAAAGAAAAGAGUUUUAUAUAAAAUUCUCUAUAUAAAUAUUCGUUUAUUUAAAGGGGCACGUAUUGGGAUAUGGGGGAAUGGUAUGAUUUUAGAAUGUCCCAGGCAAUUUUGCUGGCUGGAGGAAAAUACUCUACCUUGGAAACUGGGCAGCUGGGGAAAAAGCAGAACUAACGCACCUUCUCCUCUUUCCCUCCCCAAAAAACAAGGGCUGCAUUUGAGCCCAGCUGCAUCCCACGACAGUCCUUGGACCGGCAAGCAGGAUGUUCAGGGAAAGGUUGACAUGGCAGAUGGGUUCGAUUGGACCUCCUCCCAUCUGAGCUGAUUGCGUGUGUGCAAACAGAUUGCUCUUUUGUUUGCAAAUCCCUCCCCCCUCCCUCCCCUCACCAAUGCACAGUGCUACAAGGCCUAAAUGCGUCUGGGCUCAUCAGCUAAUUCUGUCAGUAAUAUUAUUCCCUUCCCUUUCCACUGGCCUUUGAAAGAAGUUCAGUGCUUCAUCCCUGUUCCAGAGAGCUGCUUGCACUAGGUGGGUGACCUGCCUUCUGAUGAUCUUUUUGAUAGCUGUGCUUGCACUGAAGAGGCUGUGCCACGAUGGAGGAAUACUUUGUAAUGUUGCACAUAAAUCCCCUUUCCCAGCCCUGGUAUUACCUUUCAUCCUCCUCUGCUAAGCAGCCACCCACCAUGUAACUGCAGCUCUUUGGCACUCUUCUUAAAUUAAUUCUCAGAAGUAGCACUGGAAACUGGGGCCUGGUGAACAGUUGCCCUUUGAUACAGCAGGUUUCCUACCUUGGGGCCCUUUGACUGUUUGAGUUUAUCCCACUUCCCAUGGCUACUCUGCAGAAUUGGAGAAGUGGCUGGACUGCCUUUGCCGUCUCGCUUCCCCAGACUUGCCUAAGCAGGGCUCAUCACUCAUGUAACACAUUGCUCAGCAGAGUUUGAUUUCGAAUUGUUUUAACAUUAACAUCUUGAAACGCGAGUCUUUUAAAAGCGGCUUUUUGGCACUUGUGUCCAUUGAAUGAAUUCCAUUUUUAACAUUUUCUGUGUUGUGGAAGUUUUAAGGAAAUUAAUAUUUUCUAGUAUUAACUUGAUUUACCUGUUGUUUGGAAGAUUCUUGCAUUUUAAGGACUUUUUCCCCCCUUAAAGGAAACCCAUUAGUAUUGGGGGGAUACAGAAUCUCUUUGUUAAACGUUGGGGGGGGGGCGCUUUGCUUUUUUAAUUUGGUGGGAAAUAUCAAAUUGACAUAUUUUCGCAAAUCUUUAUAGGAAAAUGUAAAAAGGAAAAUUCUGCUUUGAUGUACCUUUUUGAAGCUUGAGUUUGAACUGACUGCACUUGAACAUAUCCUGAUUGAUCUCACCAGGAAGCUGAUCUGGUACUUGGCUUCAGUCUCAAAUAUCCAGUGAAAUUGACCUUGAACUUGAGAUGCACAGGCACAGAACUGCAGAGUUUCCUCCAGUUUAGCUCAUCCUUCACCUUAUCAUAGGAAUGUUGGUCAAAAUUGUUGCUGGUUUGAACAUCAAUAAAACUGUCAGUAUCACCUGUCUAAACCCCCGUUUUCUUCGAUGAACCAUGAAAUUGACUACUGCCUUCCCCCUCUACCCUCAUAGCAAUCCUGUCUCGAGUCCCACUCUUUCCUCAGCACAUGCCCACUGCAGAGGGAUCAGGAGUAUUGCCUCUAUGCCUCAAAAAUAAAUUCCGAAGCCAUAAAUUACUGCUAAAUUGUGUGAUAUUGUUCUGUGGCUAUGACUGACAGUGUGCAAUAUGUACUGGAUAAGUAAAACCAAUGUGAUUUUUUUGGGGGGGGGGGAGAGGCAGGGGAGACAUGGAGGAAAGGGGAAUUUCUGGUUCUCAAGCCUGAAAGCGAGUAUCCAGUGGUUAUAAACAUGGCUGUAGGUAAGGGCAAAGAGUGUAGGUUCUCCUGAUUUGAUAAGCAAAGUUGCUUUUCUCCACUGGAAUACAAUGAUAUUUGGUACUUGAAUGGCUUGGCUUCCGAACAAAUUGGCUCCUGAAUGCCGCAAAUCUGGAAUGAGUGUUCCGGUUUGCAAACGUUUUUUGGAAGCUGAACGUCUGACACGUCUUCCGACUGAGUGCAGGAAGCUCCUGCAGCCAUUUGGAAGCCGGGCCUUGGUUUUUGAACGGUUUCGGGAGUCAAAUGGACUCCUGGAAUGCAUUAAGUUCGAGAACCAAGGUACCACUCUAAACCCUGUUUAAAAGCUUCCUGAGAUGGCUGUUCCACUUGACCUUGUUAUUUGGCUUAGGCAUUCAGACAGCAUCAAGGUAUCUUUGGGUAGUAAGCAAACCAAAAAGCUGAUGAUUGAGGUGGCAUGGAAAACUUUUUUAGAAGUGGGAGCUAAAGAAUGAUGUCACUGUUGAUUUAUGGCUCUAUUCAGAGCAGCAGCAGUUGACUCCUAGGAUGGACUGAAAAGGUACUGAGUGUGUUGCCCAGGAGUGGAACUUGGGUGCUGAAAAAAGCAGAAUCAAUUACAGUGAUAUUUCGGGUUACAAACGCUUCAGGUUACAAACGCUUCAGGUUACAGACUCCGCUAACCCGGAAGUAGUACCUUGGGUUAAGAACUUUACCUCAGGAUGAGAACAGAAAUCGUGGCGCGGCAGUGCGGUGGCAGCAGGAGGAGGCCCCAUUAGCUAAAGUGGUACCUCAGGUUAAGAACAGUUUCAGGUUAAAGACAGACCUCCAGAACGAAUUAAGUUCUUAAUGCGAGGUACCACUGUAUGCAAAAUAAGCAAGCAAUACACAACACUGCUUAAUUUGCAAAAUGUGAUCACAUUUAACAGUUCAGCUGCUUGACACAGCAAUUUGAUUUAAGCACAUUCUCUCAGAUGCUGAGGUCUUGGUUAGAGAAACUGCAACUGUGUAUUUUAUCAGAGAUGGGUGGAAAGAACUAGAGGAGAAAUGGCUUGCAAAAAAAAAAAAGUUUGACCAGCUUUACUUGCUAAGUCUGAAAAGAGCAAAGACCACCAACCAGGCCCCUUUUGGGAAAUUAGUUAAUGAGUUAAUUGCAGUUCUGUUUGGGCGACCUGCCAGUUGUGCCCCCAGCUGAAAACAUGGGACAUUUUAUCCUUCCAAGUUUUGGGUGGGUGUCACCAUGAAGAGAUCUGCUUCUUCUCUGUAUCUGAUGGAGCACGAUUGUGGGCACUAUGGACAGAAUAUGAAAUAAACAAGCUCUCGAAGCCACUCGGUGGCAGGAAAGGGACAUGGAUCUCCUU